AUGGGCGGCUGCAUCUCCAGCCACGAUAGUGGUGCAAAUGAGGAGAGAAGUAGUAGUCCGAGGAGAGUUCAGCAGGGUGGCGCGGUGGGAAAUGACCAGAAUGCGGCGUCGCCUGUGCCUACUGGCGGCAACCGUCCGCUGCUCCCGCGUAGCCAACUCGAUUACAAGCCCGACACACCCAUGACGCUCCGCCAAUUCCUCCGCAAACGCGACGAGUUCUGGGAUACGAUGCCAAGCUACUCCGGGCUCGCUCAAGUCUGGCAAGCCCUACGCGCCGCCUGCGAAGCACCCACCCUCGAACUCGCGCAGGCUAUCGUCGACAGCGCCAACAUGACCGUCCCCACUGGCCGCCUGACGGACGGGUGUUAUGAUGAGCGAGGGAAUAUGUACACCAUCCCGGCGUUUUGUAUCGUGGAUCCGACCCGUGUGAGGGGUUUAUUACCGCCGGAACGGGACGAAGAUGCCGAGGGGGAUCACGCUGACGAUGAUGAUGGAGAAGGCGCGGAUGGCGCAACUAUCACCGACGGCGGGAUAACAGGCACCAGCGGCGCAUCAGACAUAAAAGGCAAACGACUCUCCAAAUCUUCCAAACGCAGCUCCACCACAUCCCCACAUCCGCCUCACCAACCGCCCGCACUCGACCCCACCGCGCCAACACUCACCCUCACCGCGCGUCUCAGCACGGGUAAAGACGUCAAGCUGCAAACGACGGCGGCGACGACUGUGAGGGAUAUGCGGGCGAUGGUUGCGGGGGUUGUUGGUGAGGAAUCGAGUACGACAACAGCGAAAGGAGGGAAACCGGGCAAACCGCCGAAACUGAAGUUUUUCUAUUUGGGGAGGUUGUUGGAGGAUGGGGCGAGUGUUAAGGGUUUGGAGUUGGGGGAGGGGUCGGUUGUGCAGGUUAUGAUUGUGCCGUCUUUGUGA